AUGGAUAAAGCACUUAAUAACGAAUACUUGGAUAAGUAUUCUAAGGCUAUAAGCUUAAUGAAGAAGCUCCCUGAAGAUGAUCCGCGAAGCUUCAUCCAACAAGCCAAUGUGCAUUGUGCAUAUUGUGUGGGGGGACACUAUCAUCAACUAGGGUUCCCGGGUUUCGAUUUUCUUAUACAUGACUCUUGGUUAUUUUUUCCUUUUCAUAGGUGUUACAUAUAUUUUUUUGAAAAGAUUUUAGGCAAAUUAAUUGAUGAUCCAUCAUUUGCUUUGCCUUUUUGGAAUUGGGAUCAUCCUGAUGGUAUGUAUAUGCCCUCUAUAUAUACAAACCCGACAUCAACCUUGUAUGACCCAUUUCGAAAUGUAAGUCACCUUCCCCUAACCUUAAUGGAUCUUUCCCACGACGGGGAUGAUAAUAAUGAACUUUCCCCCAAAGAGUUGAUAGACUCAAAUUUGGCAAUUAUGCAUUGCCAAAUGGUAUCCAAUGCCAAGAACCCAACACUGUUCUUUGGUAGGGCUUAUCGAGCAGGUGAUGAGCUACCAAUAGGAUCCGGGACAAUCGAGUUAAUGCCACACAAUGUAGUGCACAAUUGGACGGGAGAUCCAACCCAACCUAAUGGGGAGGAUAUGGGUAUAUUCAAUGCUGCAGCUCGAGACUCAAUCUUUUAUGCCCACCAUGCUAACGUGGACCGAAUGUGGGUGCUAUGGAAAACCCUAGGAGGUAAGAGGAAGGACAUUGAAGAUUCCGAUUGGUAAUGUUUCAUUCCUUUUCUAUGACAAAAUGCCCAACCAGUACGAAUUAGGGUUCGAGAUUGCUUGGAUCACAAGAAACUCGGAUACAUAUACCAAGAUGUUGAUAUCCCGUGGCUUAAUUUUAGGCCCAAUUCUUCUAAGAUUAAGCAAGAUAAAUUGUUGUCUGUUGCAAAAAGGAGGGAAGAUUCAACAUCAGGGAUUACACUUCCUAGAACUUUAGACUCUACUAUACGAACACGAGUGGCAAGGCCACAAAAAUUAAGGAGCCAGAAGCAAAAAGAAGACGAAGAAGAGGUGCUAACGAUUAACUUGGAGUUGUCACGAAUGGAUAAGUUUAUCAAGUUUGAUGUAUACAUUAAUGAAGAAGAUGAUCAUCCUAAGAGGAAGAGUCGUGUGAACGCUGAGUAUGUCGAAUGUUUUGUGAGUUUGCCACACAAGCAACACAAAACUAAAGAUCGUAAUAAAAAGACUUGUUUGACAAUAGGGUUGACAGAUUUGAUUGAGGAUCAAGGAGUAGAUGGCGAUGAUAAUAGCGAUGUGAUAUUUGUGCCUAGAGCUGGAUUAGAUGCAGUUGUCAUCAUUGAUGUGAAGAUUGAAUUCAUUUCUUGA